CCUGCCCUGUCGUUACGACAGCGAGCAGUUCUUACCCGAUCGGUAUAUAAACAUCACGCGCAGGUCUCUCGCGAUCGCUGCUUCAUAUCGAGCUGUAGUCUUUUGUCCGAUCAGUUGUGCCAGGACAAAGAUGGAAGGGCCUAUCUGUCUACUGAUCUACAUCUUCAUCGUCCUAAUCACAGUAAAACAGAAUAUAAGUCAACUUCAAUGUAGCAGCUUUGUAGUGCUGGGAAAUGGUACUGAGGAGAGUUGUGACCUCGACCAAAUUAAAGACCCUGAAGAUGAAAAUGAGGAUCAUUAUAUACUAGAAGCCAUUGGUGACGUAAUUCCGGAAAAUUUCACGGAUGAAGUCUCUAUAGCCAAGCGAAAGGUCAUCAGAUUUGUUUCCAAGAUAUGGCCACAUGGCAUCAUCCCAUACAAGUUCGAAACCGGCCGACGUAGAUUUAUGAAGGCGAGGUCGAAGAGGUAUAUCUGGAUAGCAAUGAGGCAUUGGGAAAGAUAUACUUGUCUGGAAUUCAUUGACAUUGUCAAACACAAACAGCGAUAUGCGUCACUGAGAAAGGUUCUGAAACAUGAUCAUUUUCUCUCGUUUGGAACAGGAAAAGGAUGUGCUUCAAUGGUUGGCUAUACAAGAAGACAUGCUCAGCCGGUUUAUUUGAAAGAACCCGGAUGUACAAAGCCUGGCAUUGUUGUACAUGAAAUUGGUCAUGCGAUCGGCUUCUACCAUGAGCAGUGCCGAGAGGAUAGAGACCACUUCAUUGAUAUUAAAAUUGACUUAGUUCAGAAAGCGGGACGGAAGAACUUCGCAAAGGUUAUCACUCACACUGAAAUAGCACCGUAUGACCUUGCAUCGACAAUGCAUUAUGGACCAAAGUAUUUCAGUAGAAACGGUAGCAGUACUAUUAAAGCCCGAGAUUUCAACCUCAACUUCCUACUGGGACGUCGAAUCGGACUCAGUUUCUACGACGUACUUGCUGCAAACAACGCAUACAACUGCUCCGGGGUAUGUAACAAGGAGAUUGUCCCAAAAUGUCAGAACGGAGGUAGCCUUUAUAAAAACUGUGAGUGUCUAUGUCCAGAAGGAAUAGCCGGUAACCAGUGUGAGUUAAUUGACCACACCUGGACCAUAAGUGGUUGUGGGGGAAUCAUCAACCUUUCCUCAGACAGUGAAACCAUCAGUUCUCCAAACUUCCCCAAGUCUUACGGAAAAGUCAGAUGUGUUUGGCUUAUCAAGUCUCUACCCAACACCCAGAUCAAAUCAACUGUUAGGAUUCACAAUAUUCCAAGAUCAACAAAACGACAGGAAUGUUACCAUUGGUUGGAGAUCCGCUAUAAUCUGGUUGGUCAGAAUGGCCCAAGAUUAUGCGGUGCCAACGGUUAUAAAGAAUUCCCAUUAUCCUUUAACAACAUUAUCAUGAUUAGAUUUUAUGGCUCCAAAGGACACCUAACAACAACCGGAGGAUUUCAGGUCACACUCAAGGCAGUGACUGCUUUGAACCAGGGUGAUCGCUUAUUCUACUGUGACUUUGACACCAGUGUAUGUGGUAUGAAGUAUUCUUCCCCAACCCCCGAUCUCCAGUGGCGACGAGAACGCUGGGUUGUCCUUGGACCUUAUAAGGAUCAUACUUCAGGGAAAGGCACAUUUUUAGUGGAGGCAGACAAUAGUAAGAAAAUGGGUUCUGUCGCCCGGAUGACGAGUCCAGUUAUCAAAAACAAUGGUUCUUCCUGCUUGAGGUUCUGGUAUUUUGCAUACGGCUAUCAGCUCGGACACUUUCAGAUAACAGCCUUGGCCGAGGAUGGACAAAAGGUGGUUUUAUGGACACUGGACACAAAUCCGAAGACACGUUCAUGGAAACGUGCAGAAGUGGUAAUACAGAGUACAGGAUCUUUCAAGCUACUUUUAGAGGUGACUGCUAGUGCCUACUGGGGUAACUACGCUGUGGAUGACAUGGAGAUCACCAUAGGGAACUGUUAAAUACCCAAAGACAUUAAUUACACCAACAUGUGCGUUAGAAAAUAAAAUUGACUCAGGAACCUGUUAUGUCAAACAGUGAUGCUUAAUUGCUGGAAAAUCAUCGUAUGAUUGUGUUUAACAAAUUAGUGGUGCUUUUUCUAGCAAAAAGUUCAAAUUUAGAAUGUGUCUUGUCAAAUAUAUAUUUACACAAAAGAACAAAUACGAUAAAAAAUGGACAAAAUAUUUAUUUAUUUCAUAUAUUUUUCUAUACAUUUUACUUAUAUCAAUAAAUAUAUAUUGUUUUGACACAUUACUGUUUGUUUUAUCUUAAAUUGUGUAGAUGCUUCAUCAUUUAAAUAUGAUGCUAGGGACCUAAUUGGAAGUAUACAUUAACAAAGCUUAAUAAGGGUCCACAGAAUUGUUUUACGUUAACAAUGAAGUUUCGUUAUAAAUAUACAAGGAGUACCAACGGUACGUGUUGUGACAGCACCAAUGGUACGUGUUGUGACAGCACCAACGGUACGUGUUGUGACAGCACCAACGGUACGUGUUGUGACAGCACCAACG